CUUCCACCCAUCAAAUCGACUUGUAAUCACCUGCUGCUGAUGGCUGUAUAAGCAGAUCCGACUUCACUCAUCUCAUCACAUCCGUUGUAGGGGAGGUCUCAUCACCUAUGUGUUAGGUCUGUCAAGCCAGUGGGCUAUUCCCGAUCAGCCCUUCCGCUCUAGCAUAAUUCUCCUCGUCCCGAUCUUGUACGCUUCGUUCCGAGUUCGAUUCCCCAGCCGAGAACCUCCCCAACUCCAUUGGAGUAUCCCCUACCGUCACGCGAUGGCAUGGCAACGUCGGCAUCGCGGGCUGGACGCCAUUGUCGCCGUCGUUUGCCUUUUAGCGACCGUAUCGGUGUGCUCAGGCGGCAUACCGUACAACGUGUCGCUGGCGAGCAUCACGCUGUUCCACAAGUACAGCUGGUUCACGGCGCCCGCCGUGUACCUCGCGUGCGGCAACGGCAUCGGCGGCAACCGCACGGAGCUGCCGGGGGUGAACGCGACGAUGGUGUGGUUCAACUUCACGGGCAACGAGACGUGGCAGCCUGUAGCAAAGCUUCACCGGGAGGAGUGCACAGAGUGCGGGCUGUACGAGCACGAGUGGCUGGGCGACGCCAUCUACGACACGUGGACCGUGUGCGCCGCCAACUUCAGCAGCCGGGACGCCAAAGGGCUCUUCACUCACGUGGUGCCGUCCCGCUUCCAUGUGAACAUGGCGUGCUACGAGUGCAACCACGCGCAGUUCCAACGCAACCCCUUUGCUGGCCACGGCGUGUCAGAGGGGGCGGCGGGCAGCAUGAGUGUGUUCUUCUGGAUGGGGCUGGCGGUGGCUGGGGCAGGGCUCAUGAUCCUGCUCGUGGCCGCCAUAGUGUACCUCGUCACGGAGGCAGACGAGGUGAUGGACGAGAGCGAGAAGUCGCGCUUCAUAGAGAUGGCCGAGGAGGGGCACGAGGGGCAUGGGGGGCAUGAUGGGCACAACGGACAUGGGCCCUCUGACGACCCUACCCAUAGGGACGAGCGGGACGGUCUUGGAGGGGGGAGGUACCAUGACGACGAUCAGUCGGAGCAAUCGGCGCCGUUUGAUGCCAAGCGGAUGGGUGCGUACAGAGACCCGGAUGAAUCCGGGCCGUUGAAAGGGGAUGGGGAGGGGGAAGGGGAGGAAGAGGGGGAGGGGGAAGGGGAGGAAGAGGGGGAGGGGGAAGGGGAGGAAGAGGGGGAGGGGGAAGGGGAGGAAGAGGGGGAGGGGGAAGGGGAGGAAGAGGGGGAGGGGGAAGGGGAGGAAGAGGGGGAGGGGGAAGGGGAGGAAGAGGGGGAGGGAGAGGGAGGAAGUGACACUGGCGAGGUUGCGGAUGCUGGUGAUUGGGGCCCUGAGGAGGAAGCUUUGAAGGAGAGGGGGGGGGGAGGGGAGAAGAGGGAGGGGAGAAGAGGGAGGGGAUGACGCAGUCAUGUAGUUCAGGUUGUCCUGUGCGCAUCUCUCGGCUCAGAGCACAUUCGAAUGGUGCAAUCUCUACAAUAUUCCAAAUUUGUGAAGAGGCUGCGCUGGAACUGGCCGUGAGCGCUCGCGCGCGGAUAGUAUUUAUCAGUCUUUAUUCAUGUUGCGUUCCACUGGAGCAGACGGCAUGUACAUUCCUAGGCUGUUUAUGAAUCUGCAGACUUGCAUAUUAUUAUGAUUGUUGAGUUUUCU